AUGGAUCCAAACAAUAUGGCCGAAUGGGACAUUUACGACGUUGUCAUUGACGAACUUAUCAAUGACACCACUAUAGAAGAUAUGAUGCAGGAGGAGAUGGAGUUUUAUCAACAACAUGCGAACACUGUUAGGCCCAAGCGAACAAGAAAAGUGAUAGAGAGAGAUCGUGAAGCUGGGCACGAGCGGUUGUGGAUGGACUACUUCUCUGAAAAUCCUGUAUACCCGGAGGAGCUUUUCCGGCGAAGGUUUCGAAUGCGAAAGGAUGUGUUCCUCAGAGUUGUAGACGCCCUUGGGUCUCAUAACCCGUAUUUUCUACAGUCUGUUGAUGCAAUUGGAAGACAAAGUUUGACACCAUUACAAAAGUGA